AAUAAAAAGCACGUUGUUUAGAAGUCCGGUAGUCCUAAAGUUUUAAACGCAAUGGCCAAAUUACUCGCAUAUUACAAUCUCUGUCCGCUCAACAACAUCGACGAUUUUUUAGGGCUAUCUCGCGAUGUCGAUCCUGGAUGCGUUAUCAAUACCCUCGGACGUAAUAUCAUACUGGUCGUGAAGCUUAGCAACCAACGCCAAAUCCGUAGCUGGACGGUUCUGGAUCGUUUGAGCAGCAAAGUAGUGUACGAUUUCAAAUCCGAAUGUUACGCAGCUGUUUUUGGUGGCCGGUAUCUGCGGUGUUGGAAACGGGAUCAUGGCGAUUUGAACACGGUGAAAAAGAUCAAACUGUAUCGCACGGUACUGGAUCUGUUCACCAUGGAUAGUGGCCAAACGUUGCUCCUUUAUACUGAUGGAAGCUGUGAGUCGCUGGAAAGCGCACUGGAAACGAGAACCCAAAGUAAACGAGUUGCUACAAAUGCCGCAGAAUCAACGCCAAAUGUAAACCCUAAAACGCACACCAUUCGAGAUGUGCGGGCGUUGCUGCUGGACAGCGGAACUCCAUUGUUAACAUACUUUGUGCGGAACGAGGAAAAUGGCUCAAUGGAGUUUAAUUACGCGUUGCUCAACCAGACAAGUUUAAAAAUUUUAAAAGGGUUUGAAAAGGUCAAACUGGAGCGUAUAGGCGAGGACAUAAAAAUGGCAGCCAGCUGCUUAGUGGAUGGAAAUGAUGGUCCAUCGUUGAUGAGUAUUUGGUCCGACAGUCGUAUCUUUAACCUUCAGCUGUCCCUUGGCCAGUCACCUAAGCGCGACGAAGGAGUGGGUAAUUUUAUUGAGAUGGUACAAAAUUUCAACAUCAACCAGCCUAUUUCAAUGAUCUGCAUUGGCAAAGAUUACGUCGCCGUGUAUGCAAAUAACAAAAACCAGGACGGAGCUACGCUGGUGCUGUUCAACGUGCAAUUCAAGGUGGUCCAAGCGAAGCAGUUCUUCAAAGUGUACUUUAAGUCAUCACGAUUUUGGGUAGUAGAGAACAACAUUCUGUUAGCAUUUGGUCAGAUGCUUGCCGUCGUACCGUUUAAAAUCAGCAAGGAGCAGCUUUCCGAUAUGAUUGGCAGCCAGCGCAAGUUCGACUUCACGCACACGAUCGACGAGGAAAGCAUCAAUGAAGAGUGCGAGUUCAUCGAAAUGUAUUCAUUCGAUGAGAUGCAGAGUUCGUUGAAAGAACAAUCUGAUGAGGAAAGCGAAUCUGCAACACCAACCACGGUCGCUCAAAGGUUGAUAAGCGAAAACACAUUCGAAGAAGCACUGAAAAUGGCCUACCGCGAAACGCUCCCUGUCGAUCUGUUUGAGUGUGACUCACUUCCAAAUGAUCAGGUUCAAAUUAAGCUGUUCAACAAUCCCGAUCUUUCGCUGGGCCCGUUGGUGUUGAGCCAUGAGUUUGAAAUCAUGUUGGAGGAGAUGGAGCGCAGCGGUUUCUCGGAGAUGGAAAUUUGCGAUAAAGUUGUGCCGUGGCUGGUGCAGGCCGACUUGCCGUACGAUCUUGGCAAGUGCCUUAAGCGAUAUUCGACUAUUUCGGAGAAAACCAUUGUCAAAGCGUUGAAAUACGCCAUGUCUCUGCCGAACGAGCAAAAGAAAGAAUCGAUGGAUUCCGAGGAUAUGCCGCAAUCCAAUGGCACCGCAGCCGUCAGUAAAAAGAUCGAUUCGGAACUACCGAACCAGGACAUCUUUGCGAAUGCACAAGCGAACGACCCGUCACAACGAGACUUGCUUAACUUGGUUCUCUCGUGCAGCUUCAGCCGAACAUCGUUGAUUCCGUUCGUGCGAAUGGAGCUAGACAUUGUCACAGUCAUGAGCCUGCUAGAGCACCUCGAGUACCUCCUGGUUGAUCCGAUGGCAACACUGAGCGAAACUCUUCACAACAAAGAUAGCUUCGAUAGCGACGAACAAGCCAUUCAGUGGGUUAUGGUGUUACUUGAUUCGCACUACCAGCAAUUUAUACUGUCACCGGAAGAUAAAGUCCAGAAACAAUUGCAACGUUUGCUGGAGAUAGUGGAUAGGCACAUCGGGCUGGUACAACAGCUACAACUGCUAGGACCAAUCAUACAGCGCUUGGUAGAACAUAGUCCUCAAAACAACAAAGCAGGAGCACGCACGAGUCGUAGCCAGUGGUACACAGUCGAAAAAAUCAAACUAUUCUGAAGAGAAUGAAGUAACUACGCAAGCUGUAAAAGUUAAGAAAUUAAACCUACCCUUGUAUGUAUAGGCGUUCGAGCAU